CACAUGUUUUAGUAAGCAAUUCCCAUCAUAACGAGGAAACAUCUCAUAUUUAGUCAGCAAUGAGCAAUAAAAUCUCGUUAUCAAGCUAAAUACAGUCCUAUAUAUUGCAAGACCAAGCUGAAAAAAAGUUAUCCUUAAACACAAUUUCUUUCACGAUGGCUCAAUUUACUCUUUUCGCUCACAAAAGUGGUCCUAACCCUUGGAAGGCAGUCGCUGCCUUGCGAGAAUUAAACCUUUCUUACGAUAUUGUAUACCUUGAUUUUGCCAAGAAUGAACAAAAGAGCGAAAAGCAUCUUGCUCACAAUCCUAACGGCAGAGUUCCUACAUUGAUCGAUCAUCAAAACAACGAUUAUACAAUCUGGGAAUCCGAUGCUAUUUUGGCUUACUUGACAGACAUUUACGACAAGCAAAGAAACAUUUCUUUACCCCAUGACGAUCCUGAAUACCAUCAUUUGCUUCAAUAUCUCUUUUUCCAAUCUUCUGGUCAAGGUGUCAUUUGGGGUCAAGCGAAUUGGUUCAACCAUUUCCAUCCUGAGCCUGUUGCAUCAGCCGUCACUAGAUACAGAAAUGAAACCAAGCGUGUCCUCGGUGUCUUGGAAUCUAUUCUUCAAGACAAGGAGUACCUUGUCGCUGGCAAGUACACAAUCGCCGAUUUGUCUUUUGCACUCUGGAACAACACUCUUCCAAUGAUGUUUGGAAAGGGAAAGCAUGAAUUCAAGGAGGAAUUACCUCAAUUGGAUUUUGAAAAGGAGUUCCCCAAAACCUAUGCUUGGCACCAACGUCUUCUUGCUCGUCCUGCCGUUUCUGCCACUUUGAAGGAACGCCUCCAGGCUCUUCAACAAUAAACCAACUAGCAAAACAGGUAAUUGAAACUCCCCUCUUUUUAUUUUAAUGUAUGCAACGAUCAUUGAUCAUUGUCUUUAGUUUCAUAGAUUCAAAGUAUCCGAAUAUGAAUGAAUGACUUUAUUGACUUUUUUGUACAAACAGUUCUCAAAUGAAAGCUUCCAUGUUGACUUCACUAAUUCCGAC